AUGGAAAAGUACAAGAUUCUGAACCAGCUGCGUCCUGGGGCCUUGGGGGUGAACCUGGUGGUGGAGGAGCCAAAAACCAGAAGCAGGCACGUGAUAAAGCAGGUGGAAUGCCUUGACGACCAUCACGCGGACGAGGCCCUGGAGGAGCUGAUGCCACUGCUGAAGCUUCAGCACGCCCACAUCUCCGUCUACCGGGAGAUGUUCAUCAUGUGGAACAGCCAGACCUCCUCGCUGUUCCUCUGUUUGGUGAUGGACUACAGCAAGGGAAGCUUCCAGAAGGUCAUUCAGAAGAAGAGGGAGGAAAAGGCCGUCAUUGACUGGGAGUGGAUGCACAACGUGCUGGGCCAGGUGCUGGACGCCCUGGAGUACCUGCACCAGCUGGACAUCAUCCACAGGAACCUCAAGCCCUCCAACGUCGCGCUGGUCAGCCGCAACCACUGCAAACUGCAGGACCUGAGCGCCCAGGCGCUGAUGACCCACAAGGCCAAGUGGACCGUCCGGGCAGAGGAAGACCCCUUCCACAAGUCCUGGAUGGCCCCCGAGGCCCUCAACUUCUCCUUCACCCAGAAGGCCGACAUCUGGUCCCUGGGCUGCAUCAUUCUCGACAUGCUCAGCUGCUCCUUCCUUGGGGCCACGGAAGCCAUGCUGCUGCGCAAGUCCCUCCAGAGAAGCCCAGACGCCCUGGGGGGCGUCCUAAGGACCGUGCAGGAGAGGCGGGUCCCCCACUCCAAGACCUUCUGUUCCCUUUUGCCCCUCAUGCUGCAGACCAACCCCUUGGAGAGAAUCACAGCCAGACACGUCAUCCACCGCGCCUUGGAGGAAAGCAAUUUCAGGUCCCCGAGCGUCGCCCUGAUGCUGGAGAAGCGGGCGGUGCCUGCGUUCAUCUCGGACAUCCUGUUGGAAGGCCACGUGGCCAGCAUUUUAGAGGUCAUGCGGAACUUCCCCAGGCGGCCCGAAGUGCAGCUCAAGGUCGUGGACAGGCUCCUGACGAUGCCCGACAGCCAGCUAGGUCUGCCGUGGCCGGCGGAGCUGGUGGAGGCGCUGCUCACCGUCCUGAAGCAGCAUCAGAGCAUCGUGGACAUCCAGCUGAGCGGCUGCUCCCUGCUGCUGCGCAUCCUGGGCCAAGCGCUGGUGCAGAGCCCGGCCGCGGAGGUCCCGAGGGACAGCUCGCUCACCCCCGUCCUGCUGAGCAUCCUGCGGAGCCACCCAGAGGCCCCACAGCUCACGGUCAAGGUCUACAGCCUCCUCACCAUCGUCUGCAACCGGGAGGGCGCUGCGGAGGAGCUGCGGAAGGCGGGGCUGCUGGAGCACGUGGUGGAGCGCCUGGGCACCUGCUCCGGGGACCGGGACCUCGGCCUCGCGGGCCUGGGCCUGCUCUGGGUGCUGCUGGUGGACGCCGACCCUGGGAACAAGGCCUCCUUGGAGAAAGCCACGGCCCCUGUUGUGGAGGUGCUGGCCGCCUACCCUGCGGACGUGGAGCUGGCCGAGGCCGGCUGUGCGGUGCUCUGGCUGCUGUCCUUGCUGGGCUGCAUCGAGGAGCAGCGGCUGGAAGAGGUGGUGUCGCUGCUCCUGCAGAGCAUCCGGCUGGGCCAGGACAGGGUGCUGCUGGUGAACAACGCCUACCGGGGGCUGGCCAGCCUCGCCCAGGUCUCCGAGCUGGCGGCGCUGCGGGUGGUGGUGCCGGAGGAGCUUGGCAGCGGCCUGGACCUCAUCCGGGAGACCUGCGCGCGGCACAGGGACGACCCGGAGGUGGUGGAGAACGUGAGCCGGCUGCUGGCCCGGCUCGCCGCCUACCGGGACACUCUGUGUGAGCUGGCGUCCAGCGGCAUCGGGGCCCUGGCUCAGGAGAUCAAGGGGCGCUUCUCCUCCAGCCUGGAGCUGGUCUCCUGCGCAGAAACGGUGCUCCUGAGGCUGGAGGAGGCCGGGCUGCUCUGCGCGGCCGGGGGGCGUCCGCCUCCGCCUCCGCCUGAGGAUGCAGCCACCUCGCCCGGAGCCCCCCACCAAGGACCUUCUCCUUAG